CUGUCGGUUUGUCUUGUCAUACAAACUUAUUUUAUUAAAUUUUCAUUUUUAGCUGUAAUUUUCUUAGUUUUUUGUUACUGUAGAAGAUUUUAUUAUAUCUUUAAACUGCACAAAUACGGAACCAGUGCAUUAGGGUAAACCAUCCCGAAGGGCCGUUGGUCCCGGCCUGGGCCUAGAAAUCCUGGGACACCAGCAAGCGCUUGUAACUAGGACAAACAAUAUUUACAUGACAAGUGAAAUUUCACCAUACCUUAAAUUUUUCAUGCAACAUGUCUCAAUGGAACAACUCGUAUAGCUAUAAUGGUCAGCAGCAGCCGACCAAUUCGUGGGAUGGUGAUGUAAACAGACAAUACAUGAAUCAGGCUUACUACACAAAUGAGCAAUAUGAUACCAGCAACCAGUAUGUCAGCUUUAAUGAUUUCAUCUCCCAAAUGCGAAUUCCAAACAUGCCUGCCGCUAACUCGACCAACUAUAGUAACAUCCAGUAUCAAAAUUAUCCAAAUGGUCAGUACACUAACAUGACGAACUACCAAAGUGGACCAUCACAACCAUCUUCUCAGCUAGUUUAUGGAUACCAAACGAACACUGCCAAUUUUUCGAAUAAUCCAGAAGUUUACCAAGAUAAUUUGCCAAGCCAAUAUAAUGUGCCAGACCAGAAUGGGUACACUAAUGUAGUUUCAAAAUCCAGGUUGACACCCACUGCUAGUGAAUUUAUACCUAAGAGUGCUAUAAAAAGUACCGAUGAUAGCCAAGGACAAGAACAUAAACCUGAACCGCAACCCUCCCAACCAGUAGGGCCAAAAGAAACAUCAAAUCGGAAUCCAAGACCUUCCAGCUCCACGAACUGGCGAGAGAGACCGCAGAACUCUAACCAAGAUGGUAGUGCACCUAGUGAAAACAGUCAAGUACAAAAAAGUGACAAAUCUCAAAAACCCAGUGAAUAUAAAAAUAAGCAGGAGGAAAGUAGCACAUACUCUCAAAACCCUAAUUUCAGAAAAGAACCAGUAAAUAAUCACAAUGAUUACAACAACAGAAGUAACAAAAAUAAAAAGUCCUAUGACAAUUCUUCUACUUCUAAAACCAAUUAUCGUAAUGAGCAUACCAAUCAAAAGACUAGCAACAAUUUUAGAAACAAAAACAGAAACAAUCCAGAGCCUAAAGGAAGUGAUUUCAAUAGUGAAAAUACAGAUAGUGAAAACAGGAACAAUUCCAGAGGAAACAAAAAUAGACAAACUCAGGACUAUGAGUCUAGUUAUAAUAGUGAAAAUAAUAGUCAAAAGUCAAAUACUUAUUGGAAUAAAAACAGAAGUAAUCAGGAUGGUAAUAAUUAUGAGGGUGGACAUGAGGGCAAUGCAGAUGACUAUAGAAGUGAUGCUAAUCCUAGUAAAAGUAAGCAGACCCAAAACUCAGACUCAGGCUCUGAGGCUAGUUAUCCUAAUGAGUGCAAUAGCCAAAGGACUAACAACUUUAGAAGUAAAAACAGGAGCAACCAAGGCCCUAACUAUGACAGGUAUAAUGAUGACGACACCGAAUAUAGAGACAGUCCAGAAACAAGCAGUAGACACUCCCAAAACCCAGGCUACGACUCUAGUUACCGUCAUGAAUACACAAAUCAAAAGUAUAGCAAUAAUUUUAGGAAUAGAAACCGGAAUCAGGAGUAUAGUAGAAAUUCUGGGUACUACAAUGAUGAUGUGGAUAAUGAAUAUGAUUACAAUAGCCACAAGUCCAAUAGAUAUAAGCAGGAUAUGGAUACAGGGCGGACAUACUAUAAUAAUUCUAGACCAAAAUCCACUCAGGAUGUUCGGGCCAAGAAUGACAACCCCAGAGGUAGAAAUUGGGCUGGCAGUCAAAGAGUGAGGACAGAUUAUACAAAAGCAGAAGAUGAGGAAUUUGCUAGUUCAUACAUUUCAUACAGGGAGGACAAGGAAAAUAAAAGUCCAAAAGGAAAAGGGAAGGGAAAAAACUCCAUGGCAAUUACAGAUGGCAAGGAAUUGACACAAAGAGAGAGACUUAGUGAGCAAUUAGACAAAGGAACAUUGGAGUGUCUGGUUUGCUGCGAGCGUGUGAAGCAGAUUGACCCCGUGUGGUACUGCGGCAACUGCUACCAUGUGUUGCAUCUGAGGUGCAUCCGCAAGUGGGCCGUGAGCAGUAUGGUUGAAAGCAAAUGGCGCUGCCCGGCGUGCCAGAAUGUGAGCCAAGACAUCCCCACCGAGUACCGCUGCAUGUGUGGCGCGUUACGCAACCCCGAACACCAGCGCGGUGCCAGCGGUGCGCACACUUGCGGCAAAGCGUGCAAACGCACCCGCACUUGCCCGCAUCCGUGCACGCUGUUAUGCCAUCCCGGGCCUUGCCCGCCUUGUCAGGCUACUGUUACCAAACAAUGUGGGUGUGGCGCGGAGACUCGCACGGUGCUUUGCAGUAGCAAGCUGCCGCAAGUCUGCGGACGCGAGUGCGGACGCAAACUCGAGUGUAACGUGCACGCGUGCGCCAAGGAGUGCCAUGAAGGACCUUGUGAAGCGUGCAAGGAGAUUGUGACGCAAGUAUGCUUCUGUCCGGCUGCGGAGUCACGUACAGUACCGUGCACGGCGGAAAGCGGCGCGCGCACGCAGUGGUCGUGCGGCGCCGAGUGCGGGCGCGUGCUGGCGUGCGGCGCGCACGCGUGCCGUACGGCGUGUCACCCGCCGCCCUGCCCCGCCUGCCCGCUCCGUCCCGAAAAUGUGCCCACGUGCCCCUGCGGGAACACCAAGCUAAGCCCGAGUCAGCGCAAAACGUGCAGCGACCCGAUCCCCCUGUGUGACAACAUUUGCGCCAAGCCGCUUCCCUGCGGACCGCCCGGCGACAAACACUUCUGCAAGGAGAAGUGCCACGAAGGACCGUGCCGCAUUUGCCCGGACAAGACAGUACUGCAGUGCCGCUGCGGACACUCGAGCCGCGAGGUGCUAUGCGCUGAUCUUCCAGAAGCCAAUGUCCUGUGCCAAAGGAAAUGUAAUAAAAAAAUGUCGUGCGGUCGUCACCGGUGUCGCACGGUGUGCUGUGACGCGGCGACGCACCGUUGCACGCUCGUGUGCGGGCGUUCUCUGGCGUGCCAACUGCACCGCUGUGAGGAGUUCUGCCAUACGGGACACUGUGCUCCCUGCCCUGUUGUCAGUUUCGAGGAGCUAACGUGCGCAUGCGGCGCGGAGGCGGUACUCCCGCCUGUGCGGUGCGGGACGCGCGCGCCACUAUGCUCCGCCCCCUGCCGCAAGCCCCGCCCCUGUGGACACCCGCCCCACCACUCCUGCCACUCCGGCGAUUGCCCACCGUGUGUAGUGCUCACCACCAAGUCCUGUCAUGGCCGCCAUGAGGAGCGUAAAACAAUACCGUGUUCGCAAGAGGAGUUCUCGUGCGGUAUGCCGUGCGGCAAACCCCUGCCGUGCGGUAAACACACCUGCAUCAAAACCUGCCAUAAGGGACCAUGUGAUGCCGGCAAGUGCACGCAGGCGUGCCGCGAGAAGCGUCCCGGGUGCGGUCACGAGUGCGCGGCGCCGUGCCACGCGGGCGCGGGCGGGGCGUGUCCCAGCGGUGCGCCGUGCCGCCGUCCCGUGCGCGCGACGUGCGCGUGCGGACGACGCUCCAUGGAUCGCGCGUGCACUGACAACGCGAGGGAUUAUGCCAAACUAAUGAGCACGCUAGCGGCUUCCAAAAUGCAAGAAGGUGGUUCCGUAGACUUGAGCGACGUGCAGCGCCCCAGCAACAUGCUAAAAACUCUAGAGUGCGACGAGGAGUGCUACGUGGAAGCGCGCAGCCGGCGCAUGGCCCUCGCGCUGCAGAUCCGCAAUCCGGACGUGUCCGCUAAGCUGGCGCCGCGGUACGGCGACUCGCUGCGGGCGACCGCCGCGCGAGACCCCGCCUUCGCGCAGCACGUACACGACAAGCUAACGGACUUGGUGCAGCUAGCUAAAAAGUCGAAGCAGAAGACGCGCGCACACUCGUUCCCGUCUAUGAACCGUCAGAAGCGGCAGUUCAUACACGAGAUGUGCGAGCAUUUCGGCUGCGAGAGCGUCGCGUACGACGCCGAGCCCAACCGCAACGUCGUCGCCACGGCCGACCGCGAGAAGUCGUGGCUGCCAGCUAUGAGCGUGCUCGAAGUGUUAGCGCGCGAGGCGGGCAAGCGGCGCGUACCCGGGCCCGUACUUCGCGCGCCGCCCGCUCCCACCGCGACCGCACCGCAGGCCACGCCCACACAACCUAGCAAAUCGACCGGUGGAUGGGCGACUCUAACUUCCAGCAACGCGUGGGCAGCGCGGAGUCAACCGAAACAGGAAAAUAAAAUAGAUUACUUCGAUAACCCGCCCAACUAGAUUGUACCGGUGCAAGGUCUAAAGGCACUACUAUAAAAACCAUAGACAGCAAAAAUAAGUCGCAUGUUUUUUUUUAACUGAAAAUUAACAGUUUUUUUUUAUCAAAGAUAAAAGAAGUUAGUAGCUUCUAAAACCAUAGACAACAGAGGUUUGACGGUUCUCUUCAAACCAUAGAUAACAGAGGUUUGCCAUAGACAAAAUUAAACUAAAUACUAAGAAAGAACUCGUUUUAAUAAAGUCUUAUGUUGUCCAAUAAUAGAGUAUCUAUAGGUUUACAACAAGAGGAGAGGGUAUUUAACUAGCAUGUAAGUUAACGAAAAUCAAUUAAAUAUUUAAUGGAAUAUCUUUAAAAUUAAAUGUUGUAUUAGAAAUUUGUAAUACUUUAUUAAAUACUAAGUUCUAAGAAGGUUCCAUAAAUGUAACUAAAAUGAUUUCUACAUAUUUAUUAUCUGUGAACUAUGCUGAAAUACGAUGGGAAAGGUUACUACUUAGUGCUACUACUACCUAGUGAAAAAAUUGUGCUUUUGUCAAAUAUCUACUUGUUGGUCUAGUUAUUAUAAUGUCCACAGCUUAUGAUUUCAUUCUAUAGGGCACAAUAUUUAUUCAAAUACCUAAUUAAAUAAUAGCAAGAUUAAUUUGUGACAAAGGUUUUUAACACAUGAUAUUUCUUAUAAAAAUAGAAUUUGUAGAUAUAAGAAGCACACUCUGAUUGUUAUUAAAGAUUUGUUAUAUUUUUUAGUGUGUUACACAGACUUACUGCUUAGACAAUGGACUUACACAAUGGAUACUGCAGAAUCGACUGACUCUUAGUAAGGUAGUCAGGUUUUUGUUUUUUAAUAAGUAGGUUUUUUAAUUAGCAAAGGAUCCAUUCUCUAAGUCUAUACUUAAAUUAUUCGGUGCUGGCAUCAUGAAUUAUUGCUUUGUCUUUUGUAUAUUCGGUUCAAACUCAAUGUUAUCUAUAGGUCAAAAAAAUGCGAUCAAAUCAUUUGGUAGCAUUACAACACGAUAACAGCUCAAAAGCUGAUUAAUAUUUUAAGGUGGAAUUGGUUGUAUUGUUCUUUAUAAAGUCUGGUCAAUUUAAUAAAAUUUUGAUGCAGUUUUAACCGACUUUCAAAAAAAGGGGAGGUCUAUGUUUGGCUGUGGAUUUUUUUUGUUUAUCGAAUUACGCAGAAAAACAUUGUGGCUGUUGUUUCAGUGUGAUGUUUAUGGAAUAAUAUAUUUUGGGUCGCGGUAUUA